AUGUCGCGGUCUCCCUCUCCACCGGCAUUCGUUCAAUCGUCGCCGAGUACCUCGAUAAAAUCAUCGCGGUAUACCUUCCGUCAUCUUCAUCUUCUCCGCCAGAAUUCUCCAUCAAGUCCUUUACGAGUCAUCGCUCACAUCGAUCUCGAUGCCUUCUACGCUCAAUGUGAGAUGGUUCGCCUGGGAACCCCGCGCGAUACACCUCUAGCCGUCCAACAAUGGGAGUCGCUCAUUGCCAUCAACUAUGCCGCACGCCCUUUUGGAAUAACUCGCAUGCUCUCAGCCAUCGAAGCCAAGAAGCGAUGUCCGGAGUUAGUGCUGCAACAUGUUGCAACAUUUCGAGAAGGCGAGGGGGGGAGGUGGGCGUAUCGCGAUGACGCUUCGUAUAAAAUCAAGACCGACAAAGUGUCCCUAGAUCCUUAUCGCGCGCAAUCGCGCAGGAUCUUGAGUACGAUCAAGGAAGAGGUCUCGCGGCAGAGAGAUGAGAUUCUCAGUUCCAAGGAUGUUCCAUUGGAGUUUCAGGCCGCGAAAAUCGAAAAGGCGUCUGUCGAUGAGGUCUUUAUUGAUUUAUCAUCGCUAGUUUAUGCCGUGCUCUACCAACGGUAUCCAGAAUUGAGGAGGGCGCCAACGACAUUUGACAAAACCACUUCGUUACCAACCCCGCCGACAACGGCACUCGAAUGGUUUCCAGAAGACGGACUAGUGGACCUGGAUGAACGGGAAACGGAAGAGGAUGAUCCCGACUGGGACGACGUUGCGAUGUUGAUCGGGGCCGAAAUCACACGCUCCAUUCGCGCUGUUAUCUGGGACAAACUGAGUUACACUUGCUCCGCUGGCAUCGCUCGGAACAAAAUGAUGUCCAAACUAGGAAGCGCACAAAACAAACCUAACAAACAAACAAUUAUCCGCAAUCGUGCUAUUCAGAAAUUUCUAGGAGGUUUUCAGUUUACUAAAAUCCGAUGGCUAGGUGGGAAACUAGGAGAACGAAUAAGCGCCGAGUUUGGAACAGAAGAGGUCAAGGAACUGUUGAAUGUGUCUCUUGAUCAGUUCAAAGCUAAAUUAGACGACGACACUGCGGUUUGGGUGUACAAUAUUAUUCGAGGAGUCGAUGACAGCGAGGUCAACCCUAGGACGCAGAUCAAGUCUAUGCUCUCGGCCAAGUCUUUUCGUCCUAGUAUCAACUCCGCAGACCAGGCACGAAAAUGGCUGCGAAUCUUCGCGGCGGAUCUGUAUAACCGAUUGGUGGAAGAUGGGUUGUUGGAAAACAAACGUCGGCCAACGACGCUUAGUCUACAUCAUCGAAUGGGCGCACAGGUGCAUUCAAAGUCUACGCCAAUUCCUGGCGGGAAAAUGGUUACAGAAGAUAUACUCUAUGAGCUUGCGAGUAACUUAUUGAAUCAAGUCAUUGCGGAGGCUCGAGCAUGGCCAUGUGCAAAUUUAUCAAUAAAUGUGACUGGUUUUGAGGAGGGCCCCGUCAACAAUAGGGCCAUUGAUAGCUUUUUUGCUCCCGAUCAGAGCAAGCCAUUUGUAAGUCCAUCGCUUACAAAGAAGACGGCCGAGUCGUUAGAGGAGGAGGACAGGCCGGCCAAAGUUAGGAAAGUUGCAGCCACGGGAAUUGGGAGCUUUUUCCAACGAGGAUUGUCAGCGUUGGUUAGCUCUGAUGGCGACAGUGACUCACCAUCCACAUUCCCAACUCAAGUCAUGCCGACUACGAAGAGUUCAGAAGAAAACAAUACGACUGUACCAGAAGGCCAUGAGGAUAUGACCGGUCAGUAUGACAGCUUUGCAUGCCCCCGAUGCAACGACCAAGUCACCGAAGACCAACGCGAAGAGCACGAUGACUGGCACUUCGCCAAAGACCUUGAAGCCCAAGAAGUACGCGCAGAUCAGACCUCGCGCGAUAUCGCUGAACAGUCCUCUAGGCGGACAACGUUGGAUCGCAGAAAGACUACAGGACCAGGUCGACCCCGGGCAUCUGCUCCCAAGACGGAGAAGGGGCAGAAACGACUUUUCUUUGGAUAA